GGUCAACCUAACUAUUCGGAUGCGGAGGGAACAAGCCGAAUAGAUUGACUCUGAUAAUGAUUUAGUGCCGUUGAAAAUAACAAUGGGCAAAGAGGGCCCCACGUGUAGCAAUUUAAUUGGUGUCAGAUGAUUUCCAAGUUUAGCGGGCCCCACUGCCGACGCGAAUCUUUUUCCGUCCCACCAAAAUAGGUCAGAACCAGUUGAGUCAAUCACCUUCAACGGCUGGCAUGCCAUCUGGAAUUUCAACUGGAAGUGGAAAAGCUGAAUGCUUAAGAAUUCUCUUAAAAAUUGUCUUCAAAGAGGAGUUAAGUAGGUAAUUUACUUUCUACAAUCAAUUGGUCGAGUAAUGCAAGCAGAAUGAAGGGUGUAAGAGAUUUGUGUUCGAGGCGAACUGUUAUAGCUCUGGUUUUAGGGCAAGUGGUGUCUUUGUUGAUAACAUCCACUGGAUUCUCCUCCUCUGAACUUGCACGGCGAGGUAUCAAUGUGCCUACCUCUCAAUCCUUUUUGAAUUAUGUGCUUCUGGCAAUUGUAUUUGGAAGCAUAGUCAUCCAUCGCGGAAAAGGGCUUCGGACUCGAUGGUACUACUAUGUCUUGUUGGCUUUUGUUGAUGUGGAAGCUAACUAUCUUGUGGUUAGGGCCUAUCAAUAUACAUCAAUAACAAGUGUCAUGUUGUUGGACUGCUGGACAAUUCCAUGUGUCAUAUUCCUUACAUGGUUGUGCUUGAAGACAAAAUACAAAAUCAGCCAGUUCAUUGGUGUAUUUGUAUGCGUUGCUGGGCUCGUGCUCGUUGUAUUUUCAGAUGUUCAUGCCUCGGAUAGACAAAGAGGGAGUCGACCUGUUCUUGGCGACAUGCUUGUUGUUGGAGGUUCCAUGCUUUAUGCAAUAAGCAAUGUUAGCGAGGAAUUUUUUGUGAAAAAUGUUGAUCGAGUUGAACUCAUGGCAAUGCUAGGAUUGUUUGGAGCCACAAUAAGUGCCUGCCAAUUAUCCAUCUUUGAGCAUCAUGCCCUUAGUUCAAUUCAGUGGAAUCCACGUGAUGUCUUGCCAUUUAUUGGCUAUGCUGUUGCAUUAUUCUGUUUCUAUGUUCUGGUUCCCAUCUUAUUAAAGAUAAGUGGAGCCGCCCUAUUAAACCUUUCUCUGUUGACAUCAGAUAUGUGGGCAGUUUUAAUUCGCAUUUUUGCAUAUAAUCAAAAGGUUGAUUGGAUGUACUUUUUAGCGUUUGGAGUUGUUGCAGUUGGCCUCUUGAUUUAUACUUCACGUGGUGAAGAAGAUACUGUCCAUGAGCAACCAAAAGAAGAUGUAAUCCAGGAUAAUAUUGGUUACAAGCCUGUAAACGAGGAUCCCAAUUUAGGAGAGAAGGCAGAAGAAGAGCUCAUAGGACUUGGGGCACCAAAAGAAAGAAAUGGUAAUGACCAUUUAAUUACUAUUAAUAAUUUUCAACACGAGGCCACUUCCACUGCAAAAAUGGCACAGUUCAUAGAAGCGAGGCCUGAAGAAGGCAAGUGAUUGAAGUAACUGUGUUUUUGCAUCUGUAGCACUUCACAGGAAUUGGUGUUAUACAAAGAUCUAUUCAUGCUGACGGGCUGCUGUAUUCUUCAAUACAAUUACAAAACCAGAGGUUACUAUUUCCUUGAAGAUGACCUCUAUCAAAGGUUUUCUGUUUUGAAGAAGAAAAGAUCAGUUGCAAAGGGAGAAGAGAACUCGGAAUAGCACUACUGCACACAGGAAGCGAGACUCUAUGUAUACCUAUAAUUCAUAGAUUACACAAUAUCAAUGAUCAGCCAUUUUAUAGGAUUAGUUCAUGAAUCAGUCAUUUUAUAGGAUUAGUUCUUGGAAAUCGUCAUAUUGGAAUUAAAGUUACCUUUGCCUCGAGAGCGACAAAGUAGCUUCCUUGAGAUCGGUGUGGUUAAGAGUUAUUGUGGUGAUAUCACAUGAGCUUAUCUUUUGUUCACAACUAUAUAUAUUUUUACACAUGUAACCAUUUUUUUUAAUUUUCAGCCAGGGAAUCUUCAAUGAUAUUGAGAUGUUCCAGUGAUUAUAAGUAUGGAGUUAUUUACCUUCU